GUACUUAAGUGCUUUGCUGCUGUACAGAAAAUGCUAUGUUCUUGUUUGGAUUUCGGUUUAAAUAAUGGCAAUGCUGAGUGGUUAGUAAGUGGAUUAGCUCUUGGAAUACAAGUAUGGCCUCUAGUUUUGGCGAUGGCGUGCGUCUCCGCUGUUUGUAAAAUAUGAAUGUGAUGAUUCCACAACAAGAGCUUGAAUGGAACCACUACUUCUUGCCAUCGUUUGCUUGCUAUCGUAUCUUCGAAGUAUCACCGUGUACUGCUAACUUUGAUUAGGUUAAGCUUGAAUGUAGUUUCGGAUGGUUGAAGUUCUCGUGUUUACUGUUGAUUCUGUGCUUUAAUGGUCGAUUGAGAUUAAUCGUUUUUGUGGACUUGCAAACUCGAGCCAUUGUUGUUCCAUCUUUCAUUCGAAAUGCCUUUUGUUCAGAGUUGUAUGAAUCCCUGAGAAAACCUUUCUCCGACCUGUAAUUUGGGAUUUGAUGUAAAUUACCAGCCAUUGGGAGCCGAUCCUUGGGUCAUCCAAGAGUUGUGAUAGUUGAGAAGCUAAUUCCUCGGGACGUCUAUUUGCCGGACGGCCACCAAGAAGGCAGUUGCAGAUGCUGUAACAAAAAUUCCUAAGAAAAUAUCCCGAGAUAUCCUCAUCAUCCUGGUUGGAUUUGGGCUUUUGGAUUCUUGGCCACAGCCAACCCAUGAAUCGAAAUUCCGCCGGACCGCUGGCCAUCGCAGAAAAUGUCUUUGGUCCACUGAUAGACGAAAUGUUUUUUUAUUUUUUUAUUUUUUAUUUUUUUAUUUUUUUUAUUCCAUGCAAGCGAUUAGAGGAGAAGGGACUCGAAUUUAGUAUUUUGAGUAUACAAGCGAAUUCUCUUAACUAACCGAGAUAUAAACUCGACUUUAUAAAUACGUAAAUUUACAUUUUUGUCACACCUUUUUAUCACAUCAGUAAUAAUUAAUGUCAUAAAAUCAACGACUUUUUGUGCAACCGUCCUCAGUAGGUGGAAUUUUCCAUGAUGCGUGGUUUACCAGUAAAUACAAAUUUCCCGGAAAAAAUACAAGAGCAAGAGAAAGAAGGCUUGACUUGUCUAAAGUCUUGUUCCCUGCAGCAAUAUUGCCAUUUUCCAACUGGAGCACAAGUGUAAAUAUAAUGAUGCACUGCACUUUUGGAGCACAACUGGAGCACUUUUGCCAUUUUCUAUGUUUAGCGGCCACAAUCUGAGAGACAAAAGAAGCUGGGAGCCGUUGUUUGAAACCAAAUUCAUCUUCUGGGUCAGUUGGAUCGGUGGUCAGGAGAAGUAUGCUUCAGUAGUUGUAGCCUUCAUCUUACAGGAGAUCGUCUUUCUGUUGGAAUAAAGCAUCCUUUGGCACAGAAUAUUACCAUGGCAUUGGAGCUUAUACCUAUUGGUACCAUCUUGGCCGUGCUAACAAACCAGGUCAUUAAAACAGCUAACGCCGCGAAAGAUCUUUUUGACAAGGAGAGUUUCAAGGCCCUUUCGAAGCACUUGCUUGACAUUGGAUCGGUCUUGAAAGAACUACAGCGUCAAGAAUUGAAUGAUUCUCAAGCUGCCCGGCUUGCUUUGGAGUCCCUCGAAGCAGAUGUUAAAAGGGCAAAUAAUCUGGUUGACAAGUAUAAAAACCGAGCACGUUUCUACCUGCUUGUCAAGUGCCGGCACAUUGUCAAGGAGGUACAAGACGUUACUAGGGAUAUUGGAAGGUCUUUGGCUGCUCUGUCCGUUGCAAACACCGAUGUCUUAUUGGGGAUAUCUGAUCAGGUGGAUAGGUUACAGAAUGAAAUGCAGAGAGUGGAAAUUGAGGCCUCACAGUCUCAGCUCCAAGUUUUCGACAAGCUAAAACAAGGUCUUGAUGAUCAGACACUUGACCAAGGAUUUGCAAACGAUAUGCUUGCAGAAAUAGCGAUGGCAGUUGGGGUGCCUUUAGAGCCCUCAGAGAUAAGCAAAGAGCUUGCAGAUUUCAGAAAGGAGAAAGAAGAAGCUGCCAACAGGAAAGAAAGAGCUGAAGUUUUCUUCUUAGAUCAGGUUAUUGAGCUGCUUUCUCGAGCUGAUGCUGCAAGGGAUUAUGAAGAGGUCAAGAAACAAUACAACCAACGCGUGCAGGCCAUACAGAGAUAUGACUCGAGCGAAGAAUAUAUUCCACCACUUAAGCCUUUUAUAUGCUGUAUUACAAAAACUGUGAUGGCUGAACCAGUCAGUCUUUGCACCGGUACUACAUGUGAGAGAGCUGCAAUCAUAUCUUGGUUUGAAAGUGGUGAGAGAACAGACCCCGAAACUCAUGAGGUUCUUCAAGAUACUUCCUGGAGGUGUAACAUCCCACUGAGACAAUCAAUAGAAGAGUGGAGAGAGCUAAAUUAUUGUCUCAAGAUUCGAACUGCCAAGGAAAAGUUGUUAUCGGGCCUUGAGACGUCAAUAUUAGGGGCCUUAAGCCAAAUGCAAGAUCUUAUGACAGAGAGUUCUAUUAACAAGGACUGGCUCACCAUUGAAGGGCUCACCGACAUUAUAAUCUCUAUACUUGGAAACUCUCACGACAGAGAUUUGAAAAGGAGGAUUUUGAUCACCUUAAAGGAUAUUGUCGGAGGGCAUGCAAGAAACAAGGAGAAAGUGGUUGAAUCCCAGGGGUGGGAUCACAUCGUUCCCUGCUUAGGGCGCGACUCAAGCAUCUCAAAGGCUGCAAUUGAGUUGCUAUAUGAAUUGUUGCAAGACAGAACUGGUUGGAAUGUGUCUGUAUGCAGGAAACUCUCUCAACAAUGCAGUACAAUUCUUUUCCUUGUUUACACCCUUUUAAAGGGUAAUGUGAGGGAGUCAGCUGAGAUUGCAGAGAAAAUCUUGCUGAAUCUUUUCGACAUAGAUGAGGAAAACAUUUCUUGUGCAGCUAAAUCUGGCUGGUAUAAGCCACUUGUUGAUCGCAUAGUUGAAGGGCCGGAAACUUCAAGGGUAUCAAUGGUGAGAACACUUGUUAACAUGGAAUUGGUAGACUCAAAUUUGAAGCUCCUUGGUGAGGAAGGGAUUAUACCUCCUUUGCUCGAAAUGGUGUCUGGAAACAUUGAAUCAAAACUAUUGUCCUUAUCCGCCCUGGCUGAAUUAUCAGGUUGCAGUGCCAACAAAGAACUGAUUGCUGCUUCUGGUGGGGUAAGUCUUGUUCUAAAGCUAGUGUUCACUCCGCAUGUGCGAGCAAUCAUUGUUGUUAAAUGUUAUGAAAUCCUGGAAAAAUUUACAUCUGACACUGAUGGGGCCAAAUUCUUUGUCGAUGAAAACGGGUGCCAACUAGAGUUAGGGCCAAUUGUCACCAAUUUGACUGCAUUACAACAAAAUCAUAACUUGGCCUACAAUGUUAGAAGACCUGCCUUGCGCUCACUUCUUGGAAUCUGCAAGUUUGAUGCGGGGCUGGUUAAAAUGGCUGUUCUCACUCCUAAUGCCAUGUCUCUAGUCCUUCCACUCCUUGAUGACUCUGACUCGGAGAUUCGGGAGAUUGCCAUAAAUUUGCUUUUCCUCUUCUCGCAGCACGAGACUGAGGGGGUUGUGGAAUACCUUCUCAGGCCAAGAAGGCUGGAGGCUUUAGUGGGAUUCCUUGAGAAUGAUGACAAGGAUGAUGCACAGAUGGCUGCUGCUGGAUUAUUGGCGAACCUACCAAAAUCGGAAAGAUCACUAACUAUGAAGUUAAUCGAACUGGACGGACAUACUGUGCUUAUAAACAUUUUAAGAACAGGGACUUUGAAGGCAAAAGAAAAUGCUCUAGGUGCUCUUUUCAGGUUUACGGAUCCCACAAACCUGGAAUCACAGCGUACACUGGUUGAAGGAGGAGCAUACCCUUUGCUCGUAAACUUUCUCAGGUCCAGCUCAGUUACUGCAAGGGCAAGAGCUGCAGCUCUGAUUGGUAAUCUUUCCACAAGCACUCCAAAGCUCACCAUUGUCUCCAAACCCUCGGGCUGCUGGUCCUGUUUCAAGCCAUCGAACGCUCCACUAUGCUCAGCGCACGGUGGUAUCUGCACUGUGACUUCCACAUUCUGUCUUUUGGAAGCAAAAGCUUUGCCUGACUUGGUUAGGCUGUUAUCGGGAGAGGUGUAUGAAACUGCCAUUGAAGCAAUUCAAACUCUUUCGACAUUGGUUGUCGAAGCCUCUCCUCAAAGAGGAGCCAGCGUCUUGCAUGAGGCUGAUGCCAUAAAGCCGAUGUUGGAGAUCUUGUCUUGGGGAACAGAUUCUCUACAAGAAGACGCGUUGAGUCUCCUCGAAAAGGUUUUCAUGUCAAAGGAAAUGGUUGAUGUGUAUGGAUCAGCAGCUAGAUUAAGUCUUGCUGGUCUAACUAGCACGAACAUCCAUGAGGAUGGUCGCCAUAGGAGGAAGGCUGCCAGGGUUUUGUUACUCCUUGAACGUUAUUCGAAAUCAUCAACUUCUUUUACUCCGGGACUGAUGUAAGGCUAACAAGUUUUGGUUAUCAGAUCAGAAGAACAAAUGUACUUCAACUCUGUUUGUGAAUAUACAAGGAUUGUGUUGGAAAAUUUAGUGCAGCAAUUGUCACUAGCAAAAAUAUUUAUCAUACUAUUCAGUGAUUAGAUUUUCUCUUGGAA